UGCUUCCUGCCCCCCCCCCCCCAUAGCGGCGGAGGGGGGGUCGCUGCAUGGAGCCGGGACCCCCGCGCACGGAGCCGGUUGCCACCCGUCCGGCCGGAGACGGGGCACCCAGGGCCAGUGGGUGCCGGGGCACGCGGUCCCCAGUUUGUACCACCUCUCUCCAGACAGAGCCCCGCAUGUGUCUUGGGUCGCCAGGGAGUGUCCUGGGCCCAGACGUCAGCUGGAAGAGGACAACAGAGCUGCCAAGAUGGUGCCACCAAUCGGGGACGUUCCUGGAAAGGCCCAAGAGGGAGGCCUGACCUCCGUGUCAUUGGGUGGCCCCAAGGUGGAGGAGGAGGAAGUCGCCAAGAUGGUGUCUCUCAGUGGGGAUGUUGUGGAGACCACCAGGGGGCAUGCAGUAUGGAAGACCGUGGCCAACUUGUUGACUCCCAGGAUGGACGUUCCUGGGAAGGGCCAAUGGGCAUGUCCAGCCUCCGUCUCACUGACUGUCCCUAAGGUUGAGGAGGAGGAGGAGGAGGCUGCCAAGGUGGAGCCUCUCAAGAGGGAUGUUGCCAUGAAGGCACAAGGUGGACAUUCACCGUGGAUGACUAUGGUCAAGACGAUGCCUCCAAACAUGGAUGUUCCUCGUUUGGGCCAGCUGGGGCGUGUGGCCUCAGAUUCAUUGCCUGUCCCUAGGGCUGAGAAGGAGGCUGAAGACACCAGGAUGGUGUCACCCAACGGGGACGUUGACGUGACGACCCAAGAGGGAGAUUCAGCAUGGAUGACCAUGGCCAAGAUGGAGCCUCUCCACGGGGACGUUGACGUGAAAGCCCAAGGGGAACCCUUGACCCUGAUGCCUUUCCCUAUCUCCAAGGCUGAAGAGGAUGAACCCACCAGGCCGGUAACUCCCUCUGCUCUUGCUUGCCGGGAGCGCCCGUACCGCUGCGGGGAAUGCGGCAAAGCCUUCUCCCGCAGCUCGUCCUGCGUCAAGCACCAACGCACCCACACGGGCGAGCGCCCCUAUGGGUGCCCGGAUUGUGGCAAGUCCUUCGGCCAGAGCUCCACCCUCAACCGGCACCGCCUGGCCCACCUGGCCGACAGGCCGCACCGCUGCGCUGACUGCGGCAAGGCCUACGGGACCGCCUCGGCACUGGCCCAGCACAGCAAGAGUCACUUGGCCGAGAAGCCCCACCGGUGCCCGCAGUGCGGCAAAGGGUUCUGCGAGCGGUCGAACCUGGCGAAGCACCUGCUGACCCACACGGGCGAGCGGCCCCAUCGAUGCGCCCAGUGCGGCCACAGCUUCAGCCAGAAGGCCAAUCUCCAGCGUCACCAGGAGACUCACCGCGGUGCUGAGUCGCACCGGUGUGCCGACUGCGGGCGGGCCUUUCGCCACGCCCGGCGGCUGGCUCAGCACCGCCGGGCCUGCCACGCGCCUGGCGAGCCCCACUCCUGUGCCGACUGCGGCCAAACCUUCGCCGCUCGCUCCCAGCUGGCCCGGCACCGGCGCCAGCACACGGACGAGCGCCCCUACCGCUGCGGCGUCUGCGGCAAGGCCUACGGUGUCAGCUCCCACCUGCUGGUGCACCUGCGCGGGCACACGGAGGAGCGGCCGUACCGCUGCGCCGAGUGCGGGGCCGGCUUCACCGAGGCCGCCAAGCUGGCCCAGCACCGGCGCAGCCACAAUGAGGAGAGGCCCCACCAGUGCGGGCAGUGCGGGCGGCACUUCGGCCUGCGCUCCAACCUGAUGCGGCACCAGCGGGCCCAUUCCGGCGAGAAGCCCCACCGCUGCGGCCAGUGCGGCAGGGCCUUCAGCCGCGGCUCCAACCUGGCCCAGCACCAGCGGACUCACCGCGGCGAGAAGCCGUACCGGUGCGGCCAGUGUGGCAAGGCCUUUGCCGUCAGCACCCACCUCCUCAUCCACCAGCGCUCCCACACCGGGGAGAGGCCCUUCCCCUGCCCCCACUGCGGCAAAGGCUUCACCGUUAGCUCCAACCUCCGGCAGCACCUGCGGAUCCACACCGGGGAGCGCCCGUACCCCUGCGCACAGUGCGGGAAGAGCUUCCGGGCUCGGACUCACCUCCGGGCCCACCAGAAACUCCACGCAUGAGCGGGCGGGCGGCGGGUCUGCGGUUGGCCCUGGCUGCAGAGGGGGACGGCAGGAGGCGGGGGAGUUAGUUAUGGAGUUAGUUGUAGCUUAGGAAGCAUGGCUCCGUAGGGCCAUGAGGAAGUAUUGGACGGGGGGUCGUGGGUCUUCAGAGCCCUGGGGGUGGAGGUUUCAUGGAUCUUGAGGCUCAGAAGGGACGAUGAGUGUGGGUGGGUCGUAGCUGUGGGCGGGGGGCGGUUCAUAGAUGGAGUCGAACCUUCCCGUAGCUAAGUAUGAGCUACAGAGACUCUCCAGGCACCGGUGGCGGGUUCAGAGAUUACACGGCCAGAAGGGACCAUCGUGAUUUGACUUACAGAGCAGAGAACCUUGCCCAGGGGUUCCCGCUUCCAGCCCAUAGCUGGUGGUCGAGCUAGAGCGAGAUGCCGGGUUGGCACUUAAGGACACCUCGUGCCAGAGAAUCCACCAGCGCCCGUGGCAUGCGGUUCCAUCAGUUAAUUAGGA